CCUCCACGUGCCCAGACCCUCCACGACAGCGGUUUACCUGCGAGCCCUGCCUUACCCUGCGCCUGCGCGGGACCCGGGCCCUAAACCGGUUGUCCAGACGACGGAAGACUCGCCCUCUUGUUGGGCAGCUGCAGUGGAAGGUUUUUCUGUUCCUUUUUCCUCCGUUUAUGUACAAAGCUACCCAGCGCUUCAUAGAACCAUGACCACCAAUAUGAUCCCCUUGCACCCGUACUGGCCCAGGCACCUGAAGCUGGACAACUUCGUGCCUAAUGACCUUGAGACUUGGCAUAUCCUGGUUAGCCUAUUCUCCAUCUCUGGGGGCCUAAUUGUGAUCAUGUGGCUGUUGUCUAGCCGAGCUUCCAUUGUCCCACUUGGAACUGGGCGUCGACUGGCUCUGUGCUGGUUUGCUGUGUGUGCAUUCAUUCACCUUGUGAUCGAGGGCUGGUUCUCUCUCUACUAUGACAUCCUUCUCGAAGACCAAGCCUUCUUAUCCCAACUCUGGAAAGAGUAUUCCAAGGGAGACAGCCGAUAUAUCCUUAGUGACAACUUCACUGUCUGUAUGGAGACUGUCACAGCUUGUCUCUGGGGACCACUCAGCCUAUGGGUAGUGAUUGCCUUUCUCCGCCAACAACCCUUCCGAUUUGUCCUACAGCUUGUGAUCUCUGUGGGCCAGAUAUACGGGGAUGUGCUGUACUUCCUGACAGAGCUACGAGAUGGAUUCCAGCAUGGGGAGAUAGGCCACCCUAUUUAUUUCUGGUUCUACUUUGUUUUCAUGAAUGCCAUAUGGUUGGUGGUACCGAGCAUUCUUGUGUUUGAUGCCGUAAAGCAUCUCACUAAUGCCCAGAGCAUGCUGGACAGCAAAGUCAUGAAAAUUAAGAGCAAGCAUAACUAAAGAGCUGGAGAGUGGGCUGGGACCCUGCUGAUGAGGCGCUCUCUCCACUUACCAGAAGACUCCAAUUCUCCUCCUCCUCCUCCUCCUCCUCCUCCUCCUCCUCCGCCUCCGCCUCCGCCUCCGCCUCCUCCUCCUCCUCCUCCUCCUCCUCCUCCUCCUCCUCUCACAGGUUGGAGGGUCAGAACUAUCGGAUUUGUCACACUCAGACCUGAUGAGUGAGCAUGCAAAGGGCCAGAGUCAGAAAAGGUAGGGAACGGGCAGAACUUCUGCCAGGAACCAUAGGAAAAAGAUGGAAGAGACGGUGGGAAGUCCAUGAUGGUGGCAAUGUCCAAAACCAGGAAAUAAAAUGUCUUUAACUAUAA